AUGGUGACAAUCUAUGCCUACAGUACACGCUCGCUUACAUUUGAAACAUGGAUAGGAGAUUUGGUCAUGCAAGCAAGAAAUAUGAGUUAUGACGUGGUCGGACUGGGUCAGGCAAGAAGAUACCACCCAUUCAUCGCCGUAUAUGACUGGAGAAUAUGGAUAUAUGGAGAUAUGUAUAUGAUGUUGAGAAGAUGGACAUAUAUGGAGAACGGUUCUUGCAAAUAUGCGACAGUUGAGGGGGUGGCGGAGUCGGUGAUCUCGUCAUCACGAGUUUGGCCAACAGCACCGAUUCGUUCCAACAAUUAA